AUGAGCGGUCAACCGAACCAUGCCGCACCACCUGCACCCGACGACAAAAAACAGGUCCAACAACAAUUCUCUGCGAGACCCGCCCAAGGAGACGAUGUGCCGGCGGAAAGCAAUAACGACAGAGAUGUCGGGCAUGUAUCGACGUGGCCGAGAUAUGCCCUAAAGCUGAAGCGUUGGAGGAGCUUUGCCAAGUAUAGCCCUCUGAUCUCGGCCACUUUGGCGCCCAUGUCUACGCUCAUGGAUAUACCCGCCCUCGGUCAAAGAUGGUAUAGCAACUAUGGCAUCACUCAGUCUGAUCCUCCCGCGUCAUUGGUGCUCUCAGCCGUAGGAUUGGCCUUGAACGUCAUCGCAAAUAUUCUCUUGGUCAUAAGAUUUUCGUCAAAGAAGCCAUUCUGGGUCAAGCAUGCGACAACAUGGUCUUUGUACUUUUGGCUGGCUAAGACCAUCGUCGCUGCCGUCAAUCUCAUCCUAUUUGGUAUCACCACUCGCAACUCCCAAGGCUACAAGUACUUGGAAGGAUUCUGGUGUGCAGUAGUGUCUAUCGUUAUAUCCGGUAUAAUUUGCGUGACACUACUGCUUCAUUACUUCCUUGCCUUCGGCCACGCCAAAUCCGACACAUCAGAUAUCAGAAACGAGGGGAAACGCUUCAUGCUCUCCGUCACAGCUUUCGUCGGCAUUCUGGCGGCUCAGAGCUUGGUGUUCUCCAAGAUUGAGGGCUGGUCCUACCUUGAUGGCAUAUACAUGUCGGUCCAGACAGCCUUGACAAUCGGUUAUGGCGACCUGGUACCUUCAACGACAGCAGGCAAAGUCCUUGUAUUCCCCUUUUCCGUGCUCACGAUCAGCCAAUUGGGUAACGAAAUCGCCUUGAUCAUUGGAUUUCUCAGCGAUAGGGCUGAAUUGAGGCGAGAGAAAUGGAGACAACAGUAUGAAGGUGCCAUGCAUCGUGAGGCAAACAGCAAGAGGCCCAAGGCCGGUUUGACGGAGGAGAUGGCCUUGGUGUAUCGCAUCAACGCCCGGGAGGAGAUGAUGAAUCAGAUGUACGAUCUGAUGUGGAGCGCGUUCUCUCUGAUAGUCUUUUGGGUGUUAGGAGCUCUUGCCUUCUCUCAGAUCGAGGGCUGGACAUACGGAAACGCCAUUUACAUGUGUAUGAUCCUGUCAUUGACUAUUGGCUUUGGAGAUUUCACGCCCGUUCAACCUGGUGGCAGGGUGACUUUCGUGGUCUAUGCCCUGAUGGCUGUACCGAUCGUCACAUCUUUUGCGGUGCAGACCAUCACCGUACAGCUUAGUACCUUCUCUCAACGUGGAGUUAGCAGGAGGAACUUCGUCUCUGAGCAAGAACGUGCUCCAGAAGCUUUUGCGCCGCAUGCCGAUUUUGUCGCCAAGUACCAUCAGUCCUACUCUGAUCUGCGAGAAAAGAUCCUGGGUGGUGGUGGGGAUGGGGAGGAUGGGGAGAGUAAAAGUGCCAGACACGACGGUGAAGUUGGGUCCGGCCGAGCUAGGGUCUCAGAUGAUGCGGGAGCCUCGAAUACUCUUGCGGAUGAGGAUGGCGGUGGUGAGGCCGAUGACGAGGUUGAUGAUGACCUGCAGCGUCUUGCUAAAGACGGGCUUGAAGUAAAGACUCGAGCAAUGUCGGCUACAAGCAAGAACAACAGCGUUCAAAGCAACGGGGACGGAAACGGGCGAGCGAACGUCGGUGCUCAGGUUGCUCAGACAUCUUCUGGCGAUGAUAUAGUUAUGACUAGGGCGGAGAGGGAGCUCGAGGUUGAUCUCUUGAAGCAGCUCCUGACCCGUGUGGUGCGAUUUGAAGUGGGAGCGAGGCAGAUGCUGUUGGAUAGCAUGGAUAAGAGCGUAGAGAGGACGCUUCUUUUGGCGGACCGGAAUGUCCAAAUCCGAGACGUCCGGUCGCUGAGAGGCGACGAUGCCAAUAUAAUAUCCCUCUGGGCAGGAGCAGAGCACGCCGAAGAGGCCAAACACCCACACACUUCCAAAAGAGCUCAUGACUCUGACCCCGACAAAACUCACGACAAUCCAGAUCCUCCAGAUAUGCUCGCAAGAGUCAGCGACUACCGAUCCACUUUCGCAGAGAUCCUAGUGCUGGGUGGGAUAUUGCAAAAGCUGGAGGGCGGAGAGAUGAAGAAGUUUGAGAGGUGGCGAGGAGGAGGGAGCGAAGACGAAGAUGAGGAGAUAUCAGAGGAAAUCAGGGAAGGGUCCGAUGGGAGGAUUGACGGAGAGGCAGAAGAUAUGGACAAGGUGGCCGAGAAGCAAUGGGGCGGCUUGACGGGAGGUGCACUUAGGCGUCAUAUGAAGGAGGACAAGUCCAGGAGUAGAACCUAUGGGAAGGAAACAGUAUAG